AUGUCGACGCGCAAGUUGCAUAUCAACCCCCCGUUUCGUGCAGAGCAUGUUGGGUCAUUAAUUAGGCCCAAAGAGCUUUUCCAGAAACGCGGUCUAUUUGAGCGUCACGGCUGUUCACUUGAAGAGCUCACCAUUGCCGAGGAUGCUGCAGUGCGACACGUCGUGAAGCUCCAGCAAGAUACGGGCAUUAAGACCAUUACUGACGGCGAAAUGAGACGAGGGCUUUUCUUUGAGGGUGUAUUUAACAAGCUGGAGGGGAUGCAGUACAUGCCUGAGCGUCCGUUGAGUGCAUUCAUGGAAUACAUUCCGCACAUCGGUAUGAUGAAAGCAACAGGCACCCUGACCGAUAAGACGAUAUAUUGCUCGGGAAAAAUCAAACGCACACAAUCUUUUUAUGUUGAUCAGUUUAAAUUCACAAAAAGCAUCGUUUCACCAGAGGAUGUCAAAAAUAUCAAGAUGACUGUAUGCUCCCCUUCGUGGUUUCAUCAACGACAUGGUUCAAACUUUACAUACAAUCUCGACGUGUAUAAAAAUGACGAUGAAUACUUUGACGAUCUUGGCAUCGCGUACCGUGCUGAGUUCAAGGAACUAUACGAUCUAGGAUGCCGUCACAUUCAGAUUGACGACCCCACGUUCUGUUUCUUCUGCAGCGAUGGCGUAAUUGAGAAGAUGAAGGAGAUGGCUAUCGACCCGGAGACAUUGCUCAACACAUACAUCCGCGCCAUUAAUGUCACUACUCAGGAUCGCCCGGACGAUUUGACCAUUAGCGUGCAUAUGUGUCGAGGUAAUUUCAUGGGUGCGCAUUUCUGCGACGGAGGUUACGAUCGCAUUGCCAAAAAGGUUUUCAACAAUCUUGACGUUGAUACAUUUUACCUCGAAUACGAUAACGAACGAUCCGGUGAUUUUGACCCGCUGAAAUAUUUCCCCACCAACAAAGCAUUGGUUCUCGGUUUGGUGACCACAAAGACCGGCCAGGUUAUGGAAUCUGUCGAAGAUUUGAAAUCUCGGAUCUACUCGGCUGCAGACUCCUUGUGCAAAGGAAAUCAAGGGCGGUCAAAGGAGGAUGCUUUGAAUCAGAUUUGCAUCAGUACACAAUGCGGCUUCGCAUCGGUGUGGCAGGGCAACCCCAUUACUGAAGAGGAUCAGACCAAGAAAUUGGAGCUGCUAGUCGAAGCUGCCAAGCAGAUUUGGCCAGAAUAA